AUGCGAGAACGUGAACUCAAGCAGGAGAGAGAAAUGCAAGAGCUUCAGUUAAAGCAAGAAGAAGAACUGCUGGAACGGCAACUGGCUGGAGAACAGGAAUUCGCGGGAAAACGCGAAAUGAUUCGUCAAAAGAUGAGAAUUAGUUUAUUGAAUAUUAAAAGGCUGUCGGAAGAAGGUACUGCUGAAAAUGGUUCAACAGAACCAGAUAUUCUCAACGAGCGAAUUAAACAAUGGUUAGAUCAGAAUAAAAUGAAUAACAAACCGCUUCCGGGUGGUAAUAGCAAAGGUUCUCUACAGGGAGGACAACCCGGCUCAAGCAAGUUAACUACGCAGCAAUCUAGUAACGUGAACGAUGACUUCGUUGAAAGUAUAUCAGAUGGAGACUUUCAGAAUGAAUGGGAAGACAAUGUUUCACUUAAGACAGUUCGUUCAAAGCAUAGUGUUCGACAAACGCCCAUACACCGAACGAUUAGAUUAACGCAUGAACAAUUAGCAGCUCGUCAAGUGGCUUCUAAACAUCUUCCAACGUUUCGAGGCGAGCCAGAGAUAUGGCCCCUCUUUAUAAGUAGCUUUGAAUACACAACUGAAGCUUGUGGGUUUUCAAACUUAGAUAAUUUAAAACGCUUGCAGGACUGCCUACAAGGAGACGCUCUAGAAGCUGUCAGAAGCAGACUUGUUCUUCCGGACUCGGUUCCGGACGUUAUUCGUGAUCUUCGUAAUCUAUUCGGUAAACCAGAAAAACUGUUGAAAACGUUAUUAAGCAAGGUUCGUCAAGCUCAAGCUCCGAGAGCCGACCGCUUAGAGUCGUUCAUCCGUUUUGGAAUCACGGUAAAGCAAUUGUGUGAUCAUUUGGAGGCUGCUCAUCUUAAUGAUCAUCUGAGUAAUCCCAUGUUAGUACAGGAACUGGUCGAGAAACUGCCACCUAGUUAUAAACUAGAGUGGGUUAGGUUCAAGCGUGGUAAAAUCGAUACUCCACUUCGGAUAUUUACUGAUUUUAUGACUGAUAUAGUGUCAGAUGUCUCUGAAAUUUCUGAGUUUUUACCUCUUAAUGAACCAGUCGGCAGAAGUAAAGAAAAACCUAGGAGAAAUGAAUUUGUUCAUCUUCAUAAUAGCCCUAUGUACAAACCUGGAAACGAGUCUCAUAGUAUGAAUAUGAGCCGAACAUGCUGGGUCUGUAAAAGUAGCGAGCACAAAGUUAGAUUUUGCGAUGACUUCAAGAGAAUGAGCUUAAGUGAUCGACUGAAUGUUGUAGAAAAACUGAAACUUUGCUGUCUCUGCUUAAACAGUCACGGAAAAAGUAAGUGCAAAUUCAGUUUGAAGUGUACAGUUCAAAACUGCAAAGGAAAUCAUCAUCCCCUUCUGCACAGACGCGAAGAAUCCGUUCAGCUAAUGGAAAUAGAAUGUAACGCCCACAAUGUUCAAUCCUCAGUGAUUUUCCGAAUAGUUCCAGUUGUUCUCCACGCUGGGAAGAUAUCGUUUGAAACACUAGCUUUCUUGGAUGAAGGAUCGUCUAGUACACUAGUAGAUGAAAAAAUAGCUAAGGAAUUGAAAAUAAAAGGAGAAUGUGAGCCAUUGAUCAUCUCGUGGACGGGUGAUGUUAAACGCCAUGAAAAUGGUUCCCGUCGCAUACAAUUGAUGUUGUCUGCAAUUGAAUCGGAUCAUAAGUUUUCUUUAGAAAACGUAAGAACUGUUGCCAAGCUGGAACUGCCGAAACAGAGUGUACGAUUCACGGAAGUUGCAAAACGAUACUCCCAUCUUACCGGAUUAUCCGUCAGCGAGCACUCGUCGAAUGUACCUACCAUAUUGAUAGGUUUAGACAAUUUACAUCUUUUUGCACCGUUAGAAUCUCGUAUCGGCAAACCAGGUGAACCAAUUGCUGUUCGUUCAGUAUUAGGUUGGACAGUGUAUGGUCCAGAAAGGGAGAAGCCCAGAGUCGAGACCUUUCUCAAUUUGCAUCUAACUAGACCAGCUAGCAACCAAGAGCUACACGAUAUGAUGCGAUCUCAAUACGUACUCGAGGAGCAAAACGAUGCGUUAUUCGUUGAACUAAAUUCAGAAGAGAAUAAAAGAGCGCAACUGAUCUUGACAAAAACGACAAAGCGUGUAGGUAAUCGCUUCGAGACCGGACUACUAUGGCGUAGUGAAGAACGGCAAUUUCCGGAUGGCUACCAAAUGGCCCUUAGACGUAUGAAAGCGCUCGAACGAAAACUCGAAAAUGAUCAAAUGCUGAAAGAAAAUGUAUAUAAGCAAAUAAAUCAGUACCAAGUCAAAGGCUACGCCCACAAAGCCACCAGAGAAGAACUUUUUGAUACACCACAGUCGAACAUAUGGUACCUGCCAUUAAACGUUGUUCUGAACCCCCGGAAGCCGGGAAAGGUACGUCUCGUGUGGGAUGCGGCAGCAUCAGUUAAAGGCGUUUCUUUGAACUCAGAGUUGAUGAAAGAUCCGGAUAUGUUCGUAUCUCUUCCCGGUGUAAUCUGUCGCUUUCGGGAGAAACCGAUCGCAUUCGGGGGAGACAUAGAAGAAAUGUACCAUCAAAUUCGAGUUAGAUCGGAGGAUAAAUCGGCACAACGCUUCCUGUUUUGCAUGAGUGCUGAUGCAGAACCGUUGGUGUACGUCAUGGAUGUUUUGACGUUCGGAUCGACUUGCUCGCCGUGCUCGGCUCAAUUUGUAAAAAAUCUAAAUGCUAGGCAAUUUGCAGAUAAAUACCCGGGUGCAGUCGCUGCUAUUGUCGACCGUCACUAUGUUGACGACUAUUACGAUAGUAUGGAUACACCAGAGGAAGCGAUCCAACGCGCAAAGGAAGUUAAAUACAUUCACUCUCAAGGAGGUUUCCGAAUUAGAAACUGGGUUUCAAACUCAAAAACAUUCUUGAGCGAGCUAGGAGAAGUAAGCGAAAAUUCUACAUUACAUUUCAAUCGGGAUAAAGUCACAGAGUAUGAGAGAGUUUUGGGAAUAAUUUGGGAACCCAACGCAGACGUGUUCACAUUCACUACUAACCAUGGAUUUGGCGCGAUUCUUCAGAAUAACGACCAGCCCACAAAGAGAAUGGUUCUAAGUUGCGUCAUGUCUCUUUUCGACCCGAUAUCUGGAGAUCGGGAUGCGAGUGGGACGACAAAAUCGAUGAUGUGCAAUUUUGUAAAUGGGUAG